AUGGAUAAAAAAUUGAUAAUUGGGAAAUUUUUUGGAAUUUUUAAGGAAUCAAUAAAAAGAUUUAGAAUAUUAUUAUUAAUUUCUAAUAUAAUUAUUGGUGGUGGUGGAGAUUAUGAAGAACAAUAAGGAAUUGGAUAAAAAGUUGGUAAAUGGAUUGAGGAUAGUGACAUGUUUUUUUGGUAAAUUUUACUAUUUAAAUAAUUAUAAUUGUAGUUGGAGAUAAAUUACUAAUGCAGGUGAAUAUAAGUAAGGGGAAAAAAUCGGCAAAUGGGAGAUCUAUAAUCAUUAAGCCGGAAAAAAUUAAUUGGUGUAAGUAUUUCAUUAAUAUCAAUAGUGGUUGUGGGUCAUAUGACUAUGAAGGAAAUGAAAUUAGAUUGGAAGCUGGAUUGAAAUAAGUGAUUACUUUUAUGUGUAAUAGAAAAAAAUUAGUUUAUAAUUAGCAAAAGUUAAGUAACCUAUAAAGGGGAUUAUAAAAAUGAAAAGAAAGUUGGUGGUAGACCUACUUUUAACAAAAUUAUGGAGCUUAUUAAAUUGAAUUAAUGGAUAUUUUAAAUUUUAAUGAAUUUUAGAGGUGGAGGUUAUUUGAUUUAACUUAUUAUAUAUCAUUUAUAAAAUAAUAGUACAAUCAAGUGAUAUGUAGUGGUGAAUAUAACGAUGGUAAAAAACAUGGUAUUUGGAAGGAAAAGUAGAGAAUUGGAGAGAAAAAGAAUUUAAAAAAAA